AGUGCUUCCGUCACUCUGUGAAGGCAUAACAAGUGAAGUGUCUCGAUGGAUAUAUGCUGGCUGUGUGUUGGUCUUGCUGGGACCGCAGUUUAUUUACUAGUGCAGUUCAUACGCUUCAUUUUCGCCGACGCUGAUCUGACUUUGUUAUGGGCGGCCAGGUUCGGCAAAACACCAGAGUCAACGUUUAGAGGUAAAGUGGUGUGGAUUACCGGAGCCUCCAGUGGCAUCGGGGAAGAGUUGUCUCUCCAGCUGGCUGCGAUCGGCGCUCGCCUGGUUUUGUCUGCCCGCAGGGAGAAUGAGCUGGAGAGGGUGAAGCGCCUUUGUUUAGAGCGCUCCUCUCUAAAGGCUGAGGAUAUUCUUGUUUUGCCACUGGAUUUAAUGGACCGCGCAUCACAUCCAGAAAAAACCACAGCAGCUCUGGAGCACUUUGGUGAAAUCGAUGUGUUGAUAAACAAUGGUGGCCGGAGCCAGCGUGCUCUGUGCGUUGAUGCGGAUGUCGAUGUGUACCAGGCUCUUAUGGAGCUCAACUAUCUUGGCACCGUGUCCAUUACCAAGCAGGUGUUGCCCCACAUGAUCCGGCGUGGCACUGGUAUCAUAGCAACUGUCAGCAGUGUUGCUGGCUUUGUAGGGGCACCCUUGGCAACAGGGUAUGCGGCGAGCAAGCAUGCACUGCAGGGCUUCUUUAAUUCUCUGAGAACUGAACUUUCUGAUUGUCCAAACAUCCUGAUCAGUAACAUCUGUCCCGGACCUGUAAUAUCAAGCAUCGUUCAAAACGCCUUCACUGAGGAGCUGGGCAAGCCAGUGGCCACAGCUGGUGAUCAGACGCAUAAGAUGUCUACAGAGCGCUGCGUUCACCUCACUCUAGUGGGUCUGGCCAACCGUGUGAAGGAGAUGUGGAUCGCUGAGCAGCCCUUUUUGCUCUUCUGCUAUGUGUGGCAGUACACUCCAACACUGGCCUGGUACCUGACUAAUGUUCUGGGCAAAAAACGUGUGCAGAACUUCAAAGCUGGAGUGGAUGCAGACGCAGCAUACUUCAGCAAGCCAAAGGCCAAGACAUCUUGAAAAUUUCCUCAAGAAUCAGCAAUGAGGUCGGCACUCAUAGCUUCAAGGGCAAAUUUCAGAUGUUAGUUUUAGCCCGAUAGAUUUAUGGAUAUCUAAAAGCUUGUGUGCUCCAAAAUUCACAUUUACAAAAUAUAAAAUUCAUAUAAACAUUCAAA